AAUGUGAAAAAGAGCCUGGGUCCUUGCUGUGGAUAUUUGUGAUGGUUGGAAACAUAGUACGAGGAAUGGGUGAAACUCCGAUCAUGCCUUUAGGCAUUUCGUAUUUGGAGGAUUUUGCCAAAGCAGAGAAUUCACCUUUCUACCUUGGAUGUCUGCAUACAGCAACUAUAAUCGGUCCCUUCCUUGGUUUCUUGUUGGCAUCGUUCUGUGCAGAACAGUUUGUUGAUCUGGGAUCAGUAGGUGCAGAGGACAUAACUAUAACAGCUACUGAUGCCCGCUGGGUUGGAGCGUGGUGGCUGGGCAUUUUGAUUUGUGCAUCAGUGAAUCUUCUUGCAGGAAUACCUUUUUGGUUUUUCCCCAAGUCACUUGUAAAGGAAGGAGAAACCAGUGAACCUGAGGAGACAAGUAAAAAAGGUGUAGUACUAUUGCAAGAAAAUGAAGACAAACAGACCAUGUAUGAAAUUGCUAAAGAUUUCCUCCCGUUCUUCAAGGUUCUGUUUCGCAACCCGGUUUAUAUGUUAUUUAUAUGCAUAACCGUGUUACAGUUCAGCGCCUUCAAUGGAAUGAUUUCCUUCAUGCCCAAGUAUUUGGAACAGCAGUUUGGAAAAUCUGCAUCGGAUGCCAUCUUUUUAAUUGGUGUUUACAACUUACCAAUCAUAUGCAUUGGGUAUUUCUUUGGAGGCUUAUUCAUGAAGAAGUUCAAGAUAAAUACCUAUCAGGCUGCGAACAUAGCAUUUUGGGUAUCUUUACUGGAAUACCUUGUCUACUUUGCUGCCUAUUGGACUGUCUGUGAUACUUCACCGGUGGCUGGCCUAACAGUUUCCUAUGAAGGAAUAAAGCAAGUUUCAUAUACAGAAAAUACUCUACUUGCUGGCUGCAACAGUGACUGUGAUUGUCCACUUAAAACAUGGGAUCCUGUUUGUGGGAACAAUGGAAUCACAUACGUAUCACCUUGUCUUGCUGGGUGUAAAGCCUCAAGAGGAACUGGAAAAAGUGUGGUAUUUGAAAACUGCACCUGUGUUGCAGCUUCAGGGUUUUCAUCUCAAAAUGGGUCUGCAAUUCUGGGACAGUGCUAUGGAGAAGAAAACUGUGACAAGAUGCUUCAUUAUUUUUUAAUAUUGUCAUUAGUCUGCAGCUUCAUUUUUUCUUUAGCAGCCAUGCCUGGGUACAUGGUCUUAAUAAGGUCUCUAAAGCCUGAAGAAAAGUCAUUUGGAGUGGGCAUCCAUGGACUAGCUUCAAGAGUGUUUGCUGGUAUUCCAUCUCCUAUUUAUUUUGGAGCUUUGAUCGAUACCACUUGCUUGAAGUGGGGUACUAUGACUUGUGGUGGAGAAGGAGCAUGUAGGAUGUAUGACGUUCUCACAUACAGGUGGAUCUAUCUUGGCCUGCCAGCAGUAUUACGUGGAGUGUCCUAUAUCCCAAGUGCACUAAUUCUCCUUAUUUUAAAGAAGAAACUUAAAUCUGAAAGCCAAGACUUAUUAAAUACAGCAAUAGAAAUGCAGGAUAAAGAACAAGAGCCAUUGAAAUAG